GUAUUGUGUUGGACUCUGGUGACGGUGUCAGCCACACUGUGCCCAUCUACGAGGGUUACGCCCUGCCUCACGCCAUCCUUCGUCUGGAUCUGGCUGGCAGAGAUCUGACCGACUAUCUGAUGAAGAUCCUCACAGAGAGGGGAUACAGCUUCACCACCACCGCUGAACGUGAGAUUGUGCGUGACAUUAAGGAGAAGCUUGAUUACGUGGCUCUGGACUUCGAGCAGGAGAUGCAAACAGCAGCUUCCUCUUCCACCCUGGAGAAGAGCUACGAGCUUCCUGAUGGACAGGUCAUCACCAUCGGCAAUGAGAG